CUGAACGGUACACACACACUGAACACAGCCAAGAGUUAACCAAAAUCAGGUCAGAGCAUUCAACGUAUAGUGAAAAUGAGUCAGCAACAGCCACAGAGGCCUCAACAAUCUGGCGGGCAGGAGCAGCAGCAGCAGCAACCCAUCAAAUAUUCCGACGUGUUUCCAGUCUCCGGCGACCUCGCCACCAAACCCAUCGCUCCAGAAGACGCUGCCAUGAUGCAGAGUGCCGAGAACCUGGUCUUAGGCAAGACCAAGACGGGUGGCCCAGCCUCUGUGAUGCAAUCAGCUUCCAAGUUUAACGAAGAGGCAGGUCUCGUUGGUCACACUGACGUUAACGAUGUCACGGCUGAGGAAGGCGUCAACGUUACUGAGGUUCAGCUCCCCGUCGGCCGCAUCAUCUCCGAAUCAGUUGCCGGACAGGUGGUUGGACAAUACGCGCAGCCAGAGCCGUUGCAGCAGAGAUCAACGGCAUCUGUUCUUGAACAGAACGGAAUAACCAUAGGAGAGGCAUUAGAAGCGUCUGCACUGACGGCAGGUGAUAAGCCAAUGGAUCGAAGUGAUGCGGCGGCGAUACAGGCGGCGGAGGUGAGAGCGACGAGGAGGAAUGAUAUUGUGCCAGGAGGGGUCGCAGCUGCGGCUCAAUCGGCAGCAAAUCUGAAUGAGCGAACCAUGCGAGAUGAAAAUAAGAUUAAGUUGGCAGAUGUUUUAACAGGUGCAACGGCGAAGUUGCCAGCCGAUAAGGCGCCCACUAGUCAGGAUGCUGAAGGAGUGGUGGCUGCCGAGAUUAGGAACGAUCCCAAUUUGGCCACUCAUCCUGGUGGUGUGGCUGCUUCUGUUGCCGCCGCUGCAAGUCUUAACCAGAAGAAUCCUUAGGGUAGUGAUGCUGGACUGUACGGACUAUUAACUGCUCUGUUUUGUAUGUGGUUGUAUGUAGCUUGUCUCUUCCUCGAUCUACAUCUGUGUAGGAAGAACUGAAGGAGUAGUAUAGUUAGAAGGGUUUUGGAGAUGCAAGUCUGGCUUGUAAUUUUGGAAGUGGUAUUAGUAAGUUAGUAUGUUAGUUUUACGUUUCUA